AUGAGCACGAACAACAGCAGCUACACUCAGGGCUACAGCGAAGCGGUGCUGCGAUCGCACGCCUCGCGCACGGCCGAAACAUCGGCGGCGUUCCUGCUGCCGCACCUCAAGAGCGAUGCCAAGAUCUUGGAUGUCGGAUGCGGACCGGGAACGAUCACGACGUCGCUCGCCGGCUACGUGCCCGAGGGAAGCAUCGUUGGCACCGACUACUCGGAAGAUGUCGUUGUACAAGCCCAGAGGCGACUCGAGCGCCUGCGGGACGGGUCCAACAGCGAGGCGCAGCGCCAGGCGGCCGACCGAUGCCGAUUCGAGGUGGCGUCCGUGUUUGAGCUGCCGUUCGCGGACGAGUCCUUCGACGUGGUCUACUGCCAUCAGAUGCUGCUCCAUCUGCCCAAGCCCGUCGAUGCGCUCAAGGAGAUGCGGAGGGUGUGCAAGCGAGGCGGCAUCGUGGCUGCACGCGAAGCCGACUUUACCACCUCGGUCUUGUUUCCGUCGACCGAGACGUUUGAUCUGUGGCUGUCGACGGCUGCAGCUAUUUACCGCUCGAUCGGCUCGGAGCCCGACGCGGGCCGUCGACUGGUGCGGUGGGCGCUGGAUGCCGGAUACGAAGCCGGUCCUGAACACAUCACCUUCUCUUCGAGCAAUCAGGCGUUCGGAGGACAACCACACGCCGAGUUCUGGGGCAAAAUGUGGGCCGAGCGGAUUGCAGACGAGUCAUGGCAGCAACAGGCGCUUUCCACGGGCAAAGUAGACCAGGACCAGAUCCAAAGUAUGCAGCAAGACUGGCUCACUUGGAGUGCCGCUCCGGACGGCACCUUUGUCAUGGUCUGCGGCGAGGUGCUCCUGCGAAAGUGA